AUGGCAAAAGUGGAAAAUAUGAGAGAAACGAAAACAAUGAUUCUGAAAAAAUGGCCCUUCUAUUACGGGGGCCUUUCAAUUAGAGGAGCCCUUCUAUUUUUUUGGUCAGUUUUUUCAAAAGUUUUGCAUAGAAAAAUUCGACGAAGUUUCGUUCAAAAAUCAUGUUCAAAAAUAAUACGGAGUGCCCUUCUAUUAGGGGGAUUUUCACGGAGUGCCCUUCUAUUACGGGAAUUUUUUUGCCUUUUGCAGCAAAAAAAUUUAUGGGACAUUUUCAAAAAAAGGAAAAGAAAAAUGGGUGAAAACUUCAAAGUUUUGGAAAAAGAGAAGAACAAAAAAACGGAAGCACCGGGAAUGGAAAAUUGGUUGGGUCCUCCAGAAAAAAAAAGCCGAAAAUUCCGGAUGAAAAACAAGUGA